CGGAAGUGACGUUUGAAUUGUUGUCGUCAAGUCGUCCAAUCAGCGCCGCCGCAGGAAGUUUAAAACUGCCGAUUUGGAUAUUGUUUUUCUGGGACUUUAUUGAACUUUAAGGUCCAGGUGCAGUCAUGGCGGAGGGGCUGCUGGUGCAGGUGGGAUCGUCGGCCUAUCAGAGCGAGUCGUCAUCAGCGCAGACGCACCUGAGCAGAGGGGCGGGGCUUCAGGAGGAGGGCGAGGCCGUUCAGAGGAGUGCGUACUGUAAAGAGCUGCUGAUGAGAGGAGGAACGGAGUUCAGCUUCGAAGAGCUGAGAGCUGAAGGAUUCAACCAACGCAAACAACAGGAGCUGGACGAGAAACUGAGACGUGUGACGGAGGUGAAGGAGCAGCUGAGUCUGGAGCUGGAGGAGAAGCAGAGACUUCUGAGAGACGCACUGAUCCGGACGCCACAGGUGGUUCCCGAAGGCUCCGCCUCUCCGAUCAGCGACUCUGCUGGACCUCCAGCUGCCACGUCCUUCCAGAUAUACGACGAGUCCCGGUCUGCUGCUGCUCGGCCUGCUGGCAGAAGCUCUGAAACGUCUGCAGACGAGCUGCAGGAUGAUGUUUUCCUCCGACCGGACGAGAGAGGACUGUGUCUGAAGGUCCAGUAUCCAGCCCCAGGUUUUGUCGGAGCCUCUGAACUCUCUCAGCAGACUGAAGAUGCGAUCCAGUCUGGACUCCAGAAUAAAACCCUGUCCUCUGCUCCACAAGACUACAGAAGUUCUGCAGAUCGUCAGGGAGGGACGACUGAAGACCUCCAGGCUCCGGUGGAGUCCCGCCCCCCCACAGCCUCUCAGAAACCAGUGCCAAAAACCAGAAAGGAGCUGAGUCCCAUACAGGAGACCAGUGUAGAGGCCAACUCUCUGACCUCACUGGGGGGACUGUCAGCUGGAAACUCCAGUCCACUGCAGGAAGACCAGGAGGGCCAGGACCAGGACCAGAUAGACCACGUUCCAUCACCUGCAGCUGGGGGCGCCGUGGAUCCCUGUGACCCGGACCGACGGCGGCGGCUGCUGGACCUCAGCGAGGUCACUUCCUCUCCAGACGUCCACUCAUCGCCCCGCCCCCUCCCUGCUGUGGAGGAGCACAGCUGUCUGCAGCUGGGGGGCAAAGCGUUUCACAUCUACUCCAGAGUUCUGGACGGAGGCAGCUUCUCCGUCUAUAAAGGAACCACAGAGGACGGCUACGUGGUCAUCAAGGUGAACCUGCUGAUAGAUCCAGUGGACAGCUGCUCUGUUCCCUGGGAUUUCCAUCAGUUUCAGCGUCUGAAGAACUCGUCCACCGCCGACAGUCUUCCUCGGAUCAGCUGUUUCCUGUUUCUAGAUGGCUGCAUCAUCGUCUACACCGCCCCAGCUGAUCACCUGUUCACUGAGCUGACAGAGUGUGUUCCCAGCGAGCCGUCUGUUGGUCAGAAAGCUGUCGGUCUGCUGCAGCUGGUGUUGCAGCUGCACUCCUGCAGGCUGCUGCAUGCAGCGCUGCAGCCAGGUGUUCUCACCUGUUGUCACAGAGGGUUUCUGAGUCCUGAUUGGGUCUUCCCGGUGGACUGGUCGUCCUCAGUGGACCUGGACCUCCAGCAGGACGUCACAACGGUCCAGCAGGUCCCGUCAGCUCAGAUCUACGUCAGUCUGGGUCUACUGGAGCCGACCGCCCCGCCGCAGCUGGUGGACCUGGUGGGCGUGGCCGAAACCGUCCACCUCCUCCUGACCAACAGCAGGAUGGUCGUCGUCAAAGACGACGGCGGCUGGACGGCAGAGCAGUUCAGUGGAGACGAACCGAGCGACAUCUUCUCCGGGAUGUGGAGGAGGUUCUUCCGGGCGCUGCUGAACGCCGGCGGCCGCUCGUCGUCCGUCCUGUCGGAGCUGAAGGAGCAGCUGUCAACACUUUAUUUCUGAAACGUAUUUGUUUAUUCUUUGUCUGUUUUCAUAUUUAACUCAAUAAAAAGGCUGUCAUACGGAA